GCGUCGGCGGCUGCGCGGAAGUGACGGAGCUGGAGUGCCGAUGGCGGCCCGCAGUUCUGCCCGGGAUUCGCUGCUCUGAUGCGGCUCCGCCGCGGUGGACAGGCGCUUCUGCUGCACCUCAACUCCCGGAGGUUUUCACGAACGUCUCACCGGCUCGGACACCGUCCGUUCCCCGCAGCUCUCCUGUCCGGACAGAGUGGCCGAGCGGCGCUAGCGGCUAACGGAGGACCAGCUAAGCUAAUUAGCCUAGCUUCACUGGCUCCCCAGUGCUUGUGUUAGCUUAGCUUAGCUUAGCUUUGCACGGCUUGUCCAGCGGCGGCUUGUCCGGCGGCGUCUGCGUGGCUCCGCGUUCAGACCCGCUCCGAGGCUGAAACGCGCGGUUUACAGCCGGUUUUUAACCGAGUUCUGGGUUUUGGCGUUGGAAGCCAGUCACCGCCUCCGGUGGGUCCAGCGCGGAGGCUGCGGGACGCUGAGCCCGGGCUGCUCCGUUAGCCGAGCGGAGAGGAAGCGGUGAGCUGGCCGCUUUAGCGACAGCUGUUUUCCCGUUUUCCACUGAGACUUUAACCGGGGCGGGAGCGGUCCCGGCGCGCUUUCCCCUUGUCCAGAGCAGGUCCUCGGCUGCCAGCAUGCUGAAGACACGCCAGUGUCUGCUGGGGAUCCGCACUUUCCUCGGAGUGGCGAGCAGAAUCUGGGGUUUCAUCCUCUACAUCCUCAGGAAACAUCUCAGAACGAUAAUCCAGUAUCAGACAGUUCGUUAUGAUCUGUUACCGCUGUCUCCUGCAUCUCGAAACAGACUUAAUGCAGUAAAGAGGAAGAUCCUUGUGUUGGAUCUGGACGAAACGCUGAUCCACUCUCACCACGAUGGAGUGCUGAGGCCUACAGUGAGACCUGGAACACCGCCAGACUUCAUAUUGAAGGUGGUAAUAGAUAAACAUCCAGUGAGGUUCUUCGUCCAUAAAAGGCCACACGUAGACUUUUUCUUAGAAGUGGUGAGUCAGUGGUACGAGCUGGUCGUGUUUACAGCCAGUAUGGAAAUCUACGGCUCCGCAGUGGCAGAUAAACUGGACAACAACCGGGGCAUCCUCAAACGCAGAUACUACAGACAGCACUGUACGCUGGAUCUGGGCAGCUACAUUAAGGACCUUUCGGUAGUGCACAGCGACCUCUCUAGUAUAGUCAUCCUGGAUAACUCGCCUGGAGCCUACCGCAGUCAUCCAGAUAACGCAAUACCUAUAAAGUCGUGGUUCAGUGACCCCAGCGACACGGCCCUGCUGAACCUGCUGCCCAUGCUGGACGCUCUGAGGUUUACCUCGGACGUCCGCUCCGUCCUCAGUAGAAAUCUCCACCAGCACCGGCUCUGGUGAUUGGUCCAGCCGGUCCAGGACCUGGACCCAGUCCUGGACCCGCCCCCUUUGGUUUUAGCCUCCGCUAACAUGCUAGCCGUUAGCCUCUCCACUGCUGGAACUGCCCACUCUGACGGUCGGCCGACCCUCCGGGUCACGUGAUGAACUCCAUCGGUCAGACUGGAGGGAGAGGAGAGACGCACAGACUGAAAUCAGAGCGGAGAGGCCGGCCGUUUUAUUCUCGCUCUUUUUCGGAUUUUUGUUGUUUUUGUUUUGUUUUUGUCCGGAUUGGAAACUGCCUUACAGCGCGAGUCCCGCUGGGCGUGCAUGACCGGAGUGCGUCUGUAAAACUGGUAAACCGGCGGGAGAACGUUCGCUUUCGUCACGCUGGUUUUACUCGGACGUCUGCCCCUCUGCGGUGAUGAUCAGUUUUUCAUCCAUCGUCAUCGCACUCCUCUUCCUCUUUUCAUCCCUCCAUCCCUCUCUGUGCGCUUACUCUGACUCUGCAGGACGUUUGCUGUCGUGUACGUGAGCAGCUGGAUGCUGAAGCUCAGCUAAACCCUUAAAAGCGAAGGCAGGUCAGAUUUUUGCCCCUCCAGUUAGCACUGGAGCUAAUGGCUAAUCUAGCUAACAGGUAAUGGAAGCAGACACCCCACCAACUAGCAACAGAGCGUCUUACCUGCUUCCUGUUGGUGCGUUGCGUUCCACCUUAAACGGUACGGCGGGUGGAUGGUAGCGCCUCAUGCAGUAUCUCGUGCUGAUUUGUGGGGUCGGGCCUUUCGUUACCGGUUGGCUAUGGUGGCCUGAGUUUGGCCGCAGUGUCAGCGUUCAGCCUGUAGAUGGAGCUGCGCGAUACAGAACGCAGCGCCGCGAUUGAGCUGCAGUGCCGUUUACGCACCUGUAAACGUUAAUUAUUCGUCCGAUUUUAUCCACACCCACCGAGAACGUCUCUGAUUGGUCCAGCACUCACAGCGCAAUGCUUAUUUGCAUAUUGAUAUCUGUAUCGUAAAGAUCGGUAUCGCGAUACUGAGCACCGUAUCGUGCAGCUCUGAUACAGUAACACUCCUGCUUCUCCUCUCUUCUCCUCCUGUCUCCUAUUUUCAUUUUCCCUUCUUUUUCUUUCUUUUUUAGUCUCUUCUUCUGUUCUCCUCUCCUCUUUUAUUCUCAUUUCUCUUCUCAUCCUCUCUUCUUUUUCUUUCUUCUCGUCUUUUGUCCUCUUUUCUCCUCUCUCCUUCUCUCCCUCCUGUCUUUAGCCCCAGCCAUCUCAGGUAUCAGCUCCUAUGAACUGGCUGUUUGGUUUGAUCUGUUUCAGUAUUGAUCUCUGAGUUCUGGUUCUGAAUGAUCCAGAAAAGGCACCUCAGCAAAAUCCACCAGUCUAACCCUGAUUUAAUCAGGCAGAGUCCGGCUCGGUCUGGCUCGGUCCGGCUCCGGGCCUGCAGGGUGUCGGUCCAGCACGGUUCAGUGCUGGGUCACCUCAGUGGUUCAGUGUCCUCUCCGGGUCCUGGCUGGUUUGAGCUCAAGGUGCCGGGCGUUUACUGGCCUGUUCCGGCGAGUCUGGAUGAACGAGAGUUUGUCUUCAUUACUUUAUUUUUUUAUUUUUGUCCUCUAAAACACGGAUGGUCGUCAUGGAGGCGGAUCAGCAUGGACUCUUCGGGAGACGCUGUCGUCUUCACUUCCCGUUUUUGAGCUGUUUGUCCCUCCGAGCGCAAAAGGCAAAGACGCACUUACUUCAUCGGUUUUCUUCGUUUUUGUACCAAGGACUCAUUUGAUUGGUCAGAAAAGUAAAUUUCCCGCCCACCAUUACCUUCAAUCAUGCAGCAUCUGUUCUCUCUCUCUCGCUCUCUCUCUCGCUCUCUCUCUCGCUCUCUCUCUCGCUCUCUCUCUCGCGCUCUCUCUCGCGCUCUCUCUCGCGCUCUCUCUCGCGCUCGCGCUCUCUCUCUCU